AUGCCAUCCCAUCGUAUCACCCUGCAGCAUUUUGAAAUGGUGGAUAGCCUGGCACACCGUGUCCAACCACCAUCAUCCUGGAUUACAUGUAUGGCGUUGCUGGCUACCGACUGGGGCGGUGGACAAAUCAAGGAAUUGAUGCAACAACGUUUCAAUGCCACAAGUCAAUACCGAUACCACCGACCCCCCGCAUACAAGCGAUGA